UGAAAAUAACCUCAAUUACUGCCAGUCAUGUUAUUCCAUGAAUAUAUUUAAUCAAAAUGGACGUCUCCCCAGUCCCUUGUAUCGGCUGUAUCCCGUUUGUUUUGAUUCUCGUGUAUUUUUUUAGCUAUCCGAUUUGAUAGGUUUUUAUUUUAUUUUAGUUUUAAGGUUUAUUUUAUUUUAGUAAACAUCGUCACUGUGUAUUGUGUACGCGCACAGGUCUCUGAAUCCGACGACUUUCUCAAACCGACGAUCAAUGGCUGCAACUACUUUGCCGUCCGGCGAGCCAGCGUCCGAAGAUACAUCUUUGUAUCCGAUCGCUGUACUCAUUGAUGAAUUGAAAAACGAAGAUGUACAGGUCUGUAGUUUACCAGGCAUAGGAUAUAAAUUACGGAAUGGGUGAUUUAAUAUAUUCGGACUGCCUUCAUAGAAUGAGAAUUUACCUACCAUUUUGUUAUACAGUAUAUUAUAAUGUAGGUAGGUACAUUCAGUAAAAAUAAGUGAUGCUGGGUACAGUUAAGCAGAUUUAUAAUUUUGUUAACCCUAUUAGAAUGGUCCAGACAUUAAAUGUAGAAAAAUAAUGGGAGCCAGUGAAGUAGCAUAGUAAAAUCCACUGAUAAAUAAUAUGACACCACUGACUUGUAUUUAGUAGUAUUUAUGUGCUAUCAAAAUCCUAUUAAUGUAAACCUAUUUAAAACCGUUUCGAAAGAUAUAAAAAUAUUUCCUUCUAAACAGUACUAAUUUUAUUAAUUCAGUAUCAUAUUUUCCCUCCAAUACUUAUUGUAGGUACCAAUAAAUUAUUUUAUUAAUUUUUUUUAAUUAUAUUGUCAAUCAUUAAGUUUUGAAAUUAAAAAUAUGCAAAAAUAACAGUAGUCUAAGUAAUAUUGUUGAUAAUAUAUGGUAGUAUAGAUAAACUAUUUAUUAGAAAUUUUAUUUUUGGACUGUCAUUUUGUAAUAUCCACCCUUAUAUUUAUUAUAUAUUGUAAUAUUAUGUAUAAUAUAAUAAUUUAACAUGGAAAUAAUAAUAAUAAAACAAUAAAUUAUUUUUCCAUAUGCAUUUAUUAUGUUAUUUUUGAAUAAGUUAACUUUGUAAAUUGAAUGUCAAUUUUGUAAUAAAUAGGUAUUAGUCAUAUUUUAAAUUAUUAAAAAAAUUACUUAUGGUUAUCGAGUUUACCUAUUACAACCAUUGUAUUAAGCCAUUAUUUAACUUAUAAUAAUAUUAUUUAUUGUAUUCAUAUUUUAAUUUAUACAGUUACGUUUAAAUUCUAUCAAGAAACUUUCUACAAUUGCUUUGGCUCUUGGUGUUGAGCGCACUAGAGUAGAACUUAUUCCAUUUUUGACUGAAACAAUUUAUGAUGAAGACGAAGUAUUGUUGGCUCUUGCUGAACAAUUGGGAAAUUUCACCAAUUAUGUUGGAGGACCAGAUUUUGCAUACACAUUAUUAGUAAUAUAUUAUAAAACUGUUUCUUUUUCUUGUCAGUUAAAAUAUAUAUCUAUUGAUAAUGUAUUUUGCAGCCUCCAUUGGAAUCAUUGGCUACUGUAGAAGAAACUGUUGUUAGGGAUAAAGCAGUAGAGUCACUACGUCAAAUAGCAGUAUUGCAUUCGCCAGCUGAUCUAGAAAAUCAUUUUGUUAGUCUUGUUAUUAGACUGGCAUCAGGUGAUUGGUUCACUUCACGUACAUCGGCUUGCGGUUUAUUUUCAGUUUGCUAUGCUCGAGUUAAUCCAAUGAUUAAAAGUGAGUAUUUUUAAUAGAAUUGAUAUUUUAAGUAAUAUUUUUUUUUACCUACUUACUUUUAUAAAUUAUUACUAAAUUUUCCAUUUUUAAUAGCCUCAUACAUAUUUAAGAUUUGUAAGGAAAAAAAUUAUACAUUUUAAUUAUAAUAUACAAUUAGUUAUUGUUAGGUCAAACAAUGUUACACAUCUAUUAAUAGUGAUGAUUUUCGUAUUGAGAUUAAACGUUGAUGUUCUCAUCAAAAUGUUUUUGAUUUUUGCUUAAUGUAGCAUGAAUGUUAAAAUAUUUAUUUAUUUUUAUGAAUUACCAAACCUUUAGGUCUGUAUCAUAUUAAUUAAUUAAUUUUUUCUUAUUCACAUUACAAUCUUUUUCAAUUAUUAAGAUUAGAUAUCCAAAAACUAAACACAUGGGUUUUGUUGAAAUAUUUAUCCAAUUUUCCCGAAUGAGUGUUUAAAAAUGUGUAUUGAUUGUACAGUUACAUUAUUUGGAUCUAAACAAUCAAAUUAUUACUGAUAACAGUCUGAUAAGAAAUGCAUAACAUAGCUAAUCGUGUGUAUAGAUAUAUCUUUAUGAGACAUUUUAUAUAGUGAUAGAGACUAUUUCAAAAUCUUGAUUCUGUUAAGGUUAUUGUGCACUUACAAAAAUUAAUGACGAACCAAUCUUUAUUUAUAAAUUAUGUUCAAUUAUAGUUUUCAUACAAAAUAAUUACUUAGAUGAAAUAACAUAUGUAAAAAAAAUAAAUUAUGUAAUCAUCUAUGUGUUCUUUUUAAGAUGAACGAACACAUGAAGGCUUUGUUUGACACUGGAUGAACUAAUACUAUUUUAAUUAAAUGUAAAUUUUAUUUCUAUAGCUGAAUUACGCAAUUACUUUCGUAAUUUGUGUCAAGAUGAUACUCCUAUGGUACGAAGAGCUGCUGCUGGCAAAUUGGGUGAAUUUGCAAAAGUUGUUGAAUUGGAUUCUCUAAAAAAUGAUCUUAUACCUAUGUUUUCAUCACUUGCUCAAGACGAACAGGUACUUAUAUUAAUAAAUUAAUACUAUUUAUAUUUCUUAGAAUUAUCCUUAUCAAACUGUUUUACUAUUUAUUUUUAUAAUAGGAUUCAGUUCGUCUUUUGGCCAUAGAAGCUUGUGUUAGUAUAGCGACACUACUUACACAUGAAGAUGUCAAUGAUUUAGUUAUGCCAACUUUGCGUUUGUGUACAUCAGAUAGUUCUUGGAGAGUGAGAUAUAUGGUUGCUGACAAAUUUACUGAGGUAUUUACUUGAGUGGUACUAGUAAUGAGUUUUUUAAUUACUGGAAUAUAAAUACUUAGUUUUGGGAAUGGGAUUUUUUGGCCAUAGUCUUUUUCAGUGAUAUUUUUUUGAGGAAAAAGAAAAAAUACUUACUAAAAAUUUACUUUUGUUUAUUGUUUUAUAAUAAAAUAGAAGUUUAUUUACUUAAACUUAGUUAUGCAGUUUCCAGUAAUGUAUUAAAAUAUGUUUAUACAGUGAAACCUGUAUAUAAAGGACAGUUACAGGACCGUAAAAAAUCUGUAGACAGGUAUGAGAGGUAGCAUUGCAAAGAAAAAAAUUAAAACUAACUGAGAAAAAUGUACAAUACUAAAAUAGCGAAACACUAGGGAAUAAGCACUAAAUAGUUUACGUUUUUUAUAUGUGUUUCUGUUUAUUUCUGUUCUUGCAAUUAACUUUAGUCUUAUUGUUGAACAUAAAAUCUGUUAUAAUCUGUAUUUGAAAUAGAUCAGCGACACUGUUGCGUGGUAUGUAUGUACAUGUUUGCAAUUUAUUUGACUUUAAACUAAGAUAGUUGGCCAUUAUUAAGAUAUUUGGGGAAAAUAUUGCUGUUCGUAUCCGCGAUAAAAAGAGCCUGUUAGACAGGUUGAAAUGUAUUAGAAUGCUUAUUGUCCUCAUGUUAAACCAAAAUAUCAUAUAUUUAUUAACAUGUUUUGUUUAUGGGUAUUUUUGACUUUAUAGACCAUGGGGAAUUACUCUAUUUUGUACUAAAUUAGUUAAUAUAAAAAUAAUAGUUAUUACUAUAUAUAGGUUUUGAUCAUGUAGGUUACUGCUUUUGUUGUCAAAAAAUCUUAGUCCCUUAUUUGUAUAUUAGGUUGUUAACACUAGCAGAUCUUAAUAAUCACUCUUAAAGUUGUCAUUUAAAUUUGUUUUAUUGAGUUCUUGUUUGUAGUAUAUACAGUUAUAAUUUAUAGUUGCAAAAAGCUGUUGGACCUGAAAUAACUCGUAUUGAUUUGGUACCGACUUUCCAAUCAUUGUUGCGUGAUACUGAAGCUGAAGUGAGAGCGGCAGCUGCUAAUAAAGUUUGCGACUUUUGUCGUAACUUAUGUCCUCCUGUUGCUUCUGGUACUUUAGCUAGUGAUCCAAAUGCUGCACAAAAUGCAGAUUCCAUUAUUAUGACAUCUAUUCUUCCGGUUGUAAAAGCAUUAGUUGCAGAUACUAAUCAACAUGUCAAAUCAGCUUUAGCUUCUGUAAUUAUGGGAUUAUCUCCUAUUCUUGGAAAGCAAAGGUAAUUAUUUAUCAUAAUAUAAAUACUUAUGUUUUGAUCUAUAGAAAAAGACAUUAAUUAUUUUAGAACUCUUGACCAUCUGUUACCAUUAUUUUUGACUCAAUUAAAAGAUGAAUGUCCUGAGGUGCGUUUAAACAUAAUAUCAAAUUUGGACUGUGUUAAUGAAGUUAUCGGAAUCCAACGGGUAUGAUAUUUAUUUUAAAUUUUUAUUCAUUUAAUAAUGAAUACAUACAAUGUUACAUAAUAUUACAUACAAAUAAUAUGAUUUAUUUAUUUUACCGUUUAUUGGUAUAUGUUUAAUUUUAUAGCUCUCUGAAACACUUUUACCUGCUAUUGUUGAACUUGCUGAAGAUCCUAAAUGGCGAGUUCGUUUAGCUAUAAUUGAAUAUAUGCCAUUAUUAGCAAGUCAACUAGGUGUACAAUUCUUUGAUGAUAAACUCAAUAGUUUGUGUAUGACAUGGCUUAUUGAUCAUGGUAAAUUUUGAUUUUUACAUUAAAACAAUUAUGUAUUUACUACUUUAAUUUGUUAUAGUAUAUUUUAUUGAUCUAUUUAAUUUAUUACCUUUUCUUUAGUUGUUAUUUUUUAUCCAAAUUAAGAAAAUUAGUUGGUGGUUUUUUAAUUUUUUUGUCAUCAAAACUGCAAUUCUUUUACUAUAAAUUAGUAUUAUUUGAAUAUUAUAAAUUAGUUAAAAUACUAACAUUAAAAAGAAUGAAAAAUGGUAGGGAUAUUGAUUAUUUUUUCAUUACAUAUUGUACUUUAAAAGUAAAACUUUAGCCUUGUUGUAGAGCCAAAGAUAAAAUUUGUAGAAACAAAGACACUAUAAAUGCUAUUUAUACAUUUUAAAUACAGAUUGAUAAUAUUUGUACUAAGUGAUGGGGGAUAAUUUAGAGAUCCAGGUAAACAAUUUUUACCAAAAUAAUAAAAAUAAUUAUAAUUGUUUUUGAGAACUAGAGGUGAUCUUUGGUAAAUUAACAUGUAGUUAAUGAAAAUUAACAAUUCUAUUGGUUUGCACAUUUAUAUUCUUAUACUUACUGUUGAUAUUAAUAAUGUUAUCUUCUCUAGUUAAUUUAAUUUAAUUUUUUUUUGUUUCGAUGGAAACUGAAAAUUACAAUGUAAUAUUACGACCUCCCAAUUUUCCAUAGCUAUAUAAUUUUGCUUCUGUGGAUUUUUCUCCACCUUGUGCACUAGAUUGACUUUAUAAUUAAGAAAGUGGUCAACUCAUUAAACCUUUGUCAUAUUUAAUUUAAUGUACAAACAUAUCAAGCAUUAAUAUCAAAUAUUAUUAUUCAAUUCCUAAAACUUAAACAAAAAAAAUAUAAAUGUCUGUUUAUUAUAUGUAAACAAUUUAAUUUUGUGCUAAAAACCAUACCACUUUGAUUGUUAACUUUUCAAAAUAUAAAACAGUAUACUUGAUGAUCACUCUUAUGAAUCUAGUCUCUUGUACCUAAAAUUUAUUAUCAAUUAGAUAAAUAAAAUACAUUUUGACUUUAAAACUAUCAAUUCAUAAAAUUAUGUAUCAAUCAAUUAUGAGUUAGCUAAAAAAAAAAAAAGUACUAUAAUAAUUAAAAUUAUAAUUUAAAAUUUAAAAAAAGUAGUAAAAGUACCCAGUGCUCAGUUUUAGAAGCCAAGUUGUAUGGGAAAAUUGGUUCUUACUGUUGAUAAAUUUAAGCUAAAUAAUUCACGAUUUACAAUUUUACUACAGAGUUACUCACUGGUUUAAAUAUGCUCACACAUAUUCUAAAUGCAUCAUUAGGUUUGAACUGGUAAAGAAGUUUUAUUAAUAUUAUAUAAAAAUUGUCUUGGUAAUAUUUCAUUGUAUAUUUUUAAUAUAAAAUAAAUCCAAUACAAUGAUCGACUUUCCAUGACGUGCAAAAUGCUUAUCGCAGCAAAUUUACUGUAGUUGAGCUCCUAAAAUGUUUUUUAAACUAUGUAAAACUAAUAUGUAUUUUUUCUUAGUGUAUGCCAUAAGAGAGGCAGCCACAUUAAAUUUGAAGAAGCUAGUGGAGAAAUUUGGGGCAGAAUGGGCACAAAUAUCUGUUAUACCAAAAGUCAUUCUGAUGGCUAGAGAUCCAAAUUAUUUACACCGAAUGACGUUCUUAUUUUGCAUUAAUGUAAAUACAAUAAAAUUAAUGUUUGUAUUUAGAUUGGUUGAAAAUUGUUUAAAUUUUUGUAUUAAUUUGCAGGAACUUGCUGAUGUAUGUGGUCCAGAAAUUACUGCAAAAACAAUGUUACCAACUGUUUUAUCAAUGGCAAGUGAUAGUGUCGCUAAUGUUCGUUUUAAUGUAGCAAAAACCCUCCAAAAAAUAGGACCAAUUGUUGCACAAUCGUAUGUAUAUUUAUUUAAAUUCAUUAGUAACUAAAAUUAAAUAAUUUUAUCUUAAAUUAUAAUAAUUUAUUAAUAUUCAUUGGUUUAUAGUGCUGCAGUAAAAUCUCAAAUAAAACCAGUGUUGGAUAAAUUAAAUACAGAUACAGAUGUGGAUGUUAAGUACUUUGCUGCUGAAGCUAUGUCAAUAAUUGCAUGCAACUAAUAUGAUUUUUAUUGUUUAUGUGUAUUGCCCUAAUCAACGCCCAAAUUAAUUAUUAUAACAUUGUUACAGCUUUUGCAUUUUACCCUUCCACUGGUUAUAUGAUUUUUUUUUUUUUAACAGUAAUAUAAAUAUUGUAAUAAUUAUAAUUUCCGUAGAUUAUUUAUUUAAAAAUAAACAGUAUAAUAAAUAGAUACAUUUAAGUCCAAUAAUUAUUAUUGAGUACGUAGAUUAUACUAUAAUAUUAUAAAUACUAAAUAUUUAAUAUUAUAUUUUAUUUACAUUACAAUUUUACAUAAUGGCUAUGAUUGAGAUUUUUGGUGGAUCUUACAGUUUUGACAAAUUAAAAAUAGUUUAAAAGUACCAUUUUUACAUUUUAAUCACUGUAUUUAAAUUAUAUUAAUAUUGUAUUUUCAAGUACUAAUUAGUAAUUAUAUGUUAUUUUUCUUUUGCAUAGUAAUACUGUAUUAAGUUGGUUGUAUAAAAGAAUAAGUUGUGUCAAAAACUGGUUUUAAUCAAAUGAUAUUGUAAACGUUCACGAUUAUUGGUAUGGCUGGAAGUGAAUAAUUGAUGUAAUAUGUAUAUGAAUAUUAUACUAUUUAUUAUUAUCCUAUAUAUAAGUUUAAAAUAUGUAAAGGCUAUUUCUUAUCGAUAUUCUAGAUGGUAUACAAAUUUAGUAAUGUUGUAUUAAAAUAUAUUCUUUUAUUCAUCUUUAAAAAUAAAAAGUUGAAAUAUAUUUAAUUUAAUAGGGUCUUUGAAAAUGACAAUAAUAUAAUCUAAAAUAUAGGUAGGUACUAGUCUAAAUUGCUGUUCACUGACAAACAUUUUCUAUACAUCUGUGUUAAAUGUUUGUUUUAAUUAAUAUCUUAGAAUUAUAUCCAAGUAAUUAUUACAACUAAUUAAAACUGUAUAAUA